ACCGCGGUGCUAAUUGUAGAGCAGUGCGAGCAUGGCGCGGGCGCGGGCGGGAUCUUUCAUCUUCGUGGCGCUGUUCCUACGAGUCUCGGCACAGUUCGAACCUUAUGACACCAGCACACCAGAAGACACGGCGUCUCUGCUCCAGAUGUACGCCAACCACAUAAACUCCUCUCUCGAGCUGGAUAAGAGCGACCGCCGCAUCAUGAAGAGCUGGGCUACUGACUUCCAGGUGCAGCAGAUCAAUGUGACGACGCACUACCGGCUCCAGAUGAUGCGGCACAAGGAGCACAGCUACUACUGGAUCAACGGCAGCGCCAAAUGGCAUGAGUGCAUUAAAAUUCACAGGAAGGACAUACAACAUUCAGAACAAAAUUAUUACAUAGCUGAAAGUCACUGUCUCAAAUCUACCAACGCGAACGAGGGAAAGAAAAGACACGCAGUUUACCAAGUAGAGAAAGAGAUCAAAAAAUGGCGUAAAUCCUAUCGGUAUCUACUGAACAAGUGCAAAUCUAACAAUCCGGGAGAUGACGUCGGGACUGGAGAAUGCCUAGUAGACUAUGUAAAAAGAGACAACUACCACGUUACCUUCCAAAGACUUAUCCUUUUAAAACUGGAAGCCAUGUCAGAUCUGUUCAAAGAGAUGAGGGAUUCCCUGUUUAAGUUGGAAGAGUGUCUGAAGGGUACUCUGUCACAUUAUUUGGACAGAGUACGUGGUAUAACGGGCAACCUAAAUCAAUGUUACAGUAUAAAAAAUAAAGAUUCUUGGAUAAGCUACUUUUUAUUUUCAAUUAAUAUUGUUGUUACUGAAGUUAGGGAAAAGAGACAUUUCUUACUUAUUACUCUUGUAUUUGAAUGUCUGCUAAAUACUGGUAUGUAA